AGUGUUGUGUAUAGCGAUGAGUUGUAAUGCUUUCUAAAACUCAUCUGAAACUUAUAUCCGACACUUUCUGACUGGACAGUUGUUUACUUAUUAAACAAGCUGAUUUUGAAAGCAUAAGCGACUAUGAACGAGGAGCGGGAAAAGUGCAGCAGCCCCACCGGCUCCUGCAGCUCCGAGUGUCCGGAUGAGUGCGACUCUGACCCGUCCUGCUCUCCCGCCGGACCCGCUGCGCUCCGGAUGGCUCAACAAGCGGAGGAUGAGGACGGCAGAUUUCCGGUGUGUAUCCGGGACGCGGUGUCGCAGGUGCUGAAGGGCUACGACUGGUCUCUGGUGCCCAUGCCGGUGCGGGUGAGCGGCUCCGGGAAGAGCAAACCGCACGUCAAGAGACCCAUGAACGCGUUUAUGGUUUGGGCUCAAGCCGCGCGGAGGAAACUGGCGGACCAGUACCCGCACCUGCACAACGCGGAGCUCAGCAAAACACUCGGCAAACUCUGGAGACUGCUGACGGAGAGUGAGAAGAGGCCGUUUGUGGAGGAAGCAGAGCGACUGAGGGUUCAGCACAAGAAGGAUCAUCCAGAUUAUAAAUACCAGCCCAGGAGACGGAAGAGUGUGAAGCCGGGCCACGCUGAGUCUGAAGCCGGCUCCGAGCUGAUGCAGCACAUGUAUAAAGCAGAGCCAGGAAUGGGUCGACUGACCACAUCACCGGACCACAUCACCGACCACACAGGUCAUCCUCAUGGUCCACCGACUCCUCCAACCACCCCUAAAACAGAGCAUCCUCAGGCCUCCAAACAGAACAUCGACUUCAGCAACGUGGACAUCUCCGAGCUCAGCACCGACGUCAUCGGCAACAUGACCUUCGACCUGCAGGAGUUCGACCAGUACCUUCCCGUGACCCCAGAUCAGGGCGCCUGCAGCCGGAGGGCGCCCCCUGCUGGAGCACACCCUCACCCGCAGCGAGUGCACAUUAAGACGGAGCAGCGGAGCCCGCAGCACUAUAGCGAGCACAGCAGCGGCGUUUACAGCAGCAGCGCGCAGUGUGAAUACCCAGAGCACAGCUUCUACAGCCCGUACUCCAGCUACCCGUACCCAUACCCAUACCUGCACAGGCCCAUACUCAACAUCCCAGCACCACACAGCUCCUCUGCACACUGGGACCCGCCCGUCUACACCACGCUGUCCAGACCCUAGACCACGCUCACUUCACUCUCGAAACCAAACAUGCCAUCAUCCUGACAUGGCUUAUAGCGAUGCACUGGGUGUAGGAUGGAGAGGAGUUGGCUGAAAACAGGAGCUGUGCAGCUGUUAAUAUUCCUGUAAUGAGGGACGGCUUUGUGCUAAACAACACAUCAUUUUGAUAUUAUUUAGAGGGAUGCACCGAAAUGAUUGGCUUGUAGACGAAAGAGAGAAAUGUGUGAGCCUAUGAGCUGAUGAUGUACUGCACUGUUCAGUGUGCUGCUUUACUCUCCCUCCAGCUGUAGACACGGCCUGCGCUCAAUCACACACUGCACUACUAUAUAGCAUGUGAACCGAGGAGUACGUCAGAAUUGAUCCUAUUGGAAAAACAGUAGGCAAGUCUCAAAUAUAAUACAUUUACAAAAUAAAAGUCAUACAUGCACAGCACAGUUCACAUGGACAAAAUCCAGUGGGUUCAUCAGCUGAAUUAAUAAGCUUUCAUUAACUCAGAUAAAUCUAUUUGAACAAGGAUAUUGAGAACAUUCCCUUAAAAUGGUCUAAAGGAAUUGUAGAUGGGAUAUGAUCCUCACUGUUUAAUAUUCAGAUGUGUUUGGCAUAACAGAGAAGCAGAUCAUUGUGGAAUAUACAGUGAGUUUUGGGCUAUUAGACAGUCAGAAAUGUGUGUUUUAACCAGCAGGACAUAAUCAAUAAUCAUCACAGCUCAUGUUCAGUUAUCAGUCCAGUGCACACAUAUAUAUAUAUAUAAACACACACACAGGAAUGUUCUGUGUGGUUUGUUGUAAUUUGGGUGCAUCCCUCAUCUUCUGACCUAACCUUACUGUCACUGUUAGGUGUUCUGAGUCUGCCUCUACAUCACUGUCUCCAGUCCGUCUAUAAUCUUCACCAAUAACCCAUCAUUCCACACUCACCGCUUCACAUAUAUCUGUUGGCAUAUAUUUCAUUAGUUCUUGUUUAAACAGCAGAUACUGAUGGUCCAGGCAUAUUUAUCUCACUCCUUUAUAACAUUAUUGUGUUUAAAGUAUCUGUAAUAUGUCAGAAACAGCAACUAACUCUCUUACAUUAAACUGCUGGCUGAUCAUAAGGGAUGAGCUGUUGUUUUCAUCGAUGGGCAACAUUAUACAGAGCACUUUAACAUGGCAGAAGCCUUCAUUAAUAAUAAUAAUAAUAAUAAUAAUAAAUGUUUUAUCAUUGACAAUAUCAGUCCAACAUCCCCCUGUGGAACUCUACCUGUGGUGAACAGACGUGUUCCUACACCAUAUUAAUGACAAUAGUGAAGAGUUUAGAUUUAUAUUAAACUAAUUAUUUCAGCUGAUGGUCAAUUAUCAUCUUCACAAGUGUUUUGAGCCUAAAAUAUAAAUAAUCAAGUUGUGCAGAGGAAUAAGGGCUGAUUAUGUUCGUUAAACUGCUUCUUGUUUAGUUAAAUGAUGAUGUGUUGGUGUAAAUGUGAUGAGUUUUAUUGCUAGACAUAUUUUUGUAUGAUUUAAUAAACAUUUUUAGAAUAA